AUGCCCUCCCUUGGAGCGGCCGCAGGCAACGGACGAGGGACCGAACUCCCCGGCCUAUUCAUCGAGCGCGGUGGCGGCGCAGGACUAGCCCUCGCCGAGCGUGGCGGCGGCGGCGGUCGAAUAGACCCAUCCGAAGCCAUGCUCUGCAAACUCGGCCUUACAGGCAUAGGUGACAGGGCGGUUGGCGUGACAGGCCGUGAGGCCUUGGGCGUUGGAGAUCCUGCUAUGGGUAAUGGCGGGACGGGUGGGAUGGCGGAGGAGGAGUGUGGUUGGGGGGUUCGUGAGCGGGAGGUGGGUGUUGGGGUUGAGGCUCUUGAUGAGAAAGAAUCGGGCGUUGGGGUUGAGGCUCUUGAUGAGGAAGAUUCGGACAUUGAGGGAGGGUGGGAAUGGUGGAAUGGUGGGGGAGAUGAUUUAUCCCUUGGAUUCUCGACGAGAAGUGCAUCCAACAGGAAGCGGAAAUCAAGUCCGUAUUCUUGGAGGAGCUGGUGA